AUGCCCCCGACUAAAGCUAAAAAAGCCGUCUUGGCUUACUCUUCCGCCACCCAUGGUUGUUUUCAUGGGCCUCCUUACAACUUACUUUUUAGUUACCGGAGGUAAAUUGCAUCUAUUUAUUGCUUAAUUUGAGACCAGGUGUUGUUUUCGAUGUCAUUAACGGUCCACCUAGUGUGGGGACCGAGACAGAUGCUAAAGGCAAUCAGCGACCGGUGAGUUUAUUCGUAUUCGGGCAUAUUUUUAGGUCGCCUUUAUGCAAUGGCGAAUAAACAGCCAGUACAUCAUGGAAGGCUUAUUAUGUAGUUUUAUGUUCACUUUGGGGAGCAUUGGCUUCAUAAUACUUGACCGUGUCAACGAAGCCAAAAUGACAAAGAUUACGCGAGUAAUCCUCAUGGCUGUUGGAGUCACCUGUAUGCUCACUUCCCUCAUAGCAACACGUUCCUUCAUGAAAAUAAAGCUGCCGUAAGACUUGAAAAACCUUAUUUACGUCGUUUUUAGUUCUUACCGUUUUUAG